AUGGCCACCGGUAGCCGCAAUUCCAAUCGCAACUCUAAUCGUUGCGCGUUUUGCGGCAGCCAGUUCCCCCAAGGACGUUUGGUCCGACCGCCCGGCCAAACACGGGGCGGGAUCUGUUUUGACUGCGUCCGCGAGUUGGCCAACUACGUGGCCGAGCGCGGAGGCAAGAAAAAGCGCGACGAAGGCGGCAGCGCCCAGCCCCGGGCAAACGAUCGGGUUGAAUUGGCGGACAAACCUCCACCGCAACGCGACUCGGAGUCCCGAACGCUGGUGCCCCGGGAAAUCUAUUCGAGCCUGGACGCGUAUGUCAUCGGGCAGGAAAAAGCCAAGAAAACGCUGGCGGUUGCGGUUUACAACCAUUUCAAACGCAUUCGCAGCGAGGCGACUGACCCGGACGUCGAAGUACAAAAGUCGAAUAUCCUGCUCAUUGGUCCCACCGGUUCCGGCAAAACCCUGCUGGCCGAAACAUUGGCGAGAUCCCUGUACGUUCCGUUUGCCAUCUGCGACGCCACUUCCUUGACGGAGUCCGGGUACGUGGGCGAGGACGUGGAGAACAUACUGCUGCGGCUGAUCCAGGCUGCGGAUUGGGACAUCUCCCGGGCGGAGCAGGGCAUCAUAUAUAUCGACGAGCUGGACAAGAUCGCGCGUAAAGAGGGUGUGAACCGUUCAAUCACGCGGGAUGUCGCGGGCGAAGGGGUACAGCAGGAACUGCUCAAGAUCAUCGAAGGGUGUGUCGCCAACGUGCCUCCACAAGGAGGCCGGAAGCAUCCGCACCAGGAGAUGUUGCAGAUCAACACCAAGAACAUCCUGUUCAUCUGCGGGGGGGCGUUCGACGGUCUGCCCGAGAUAAUCUCCAAGAGGGUAUCGUCCGGCUCCGCGAUGGGUUUCUUGGCACAGAACCAGGAGCGGGGCGACAAAAAAGCGAAUCCCGUUGCGAUGUUCGAUCUGGUUUCUCCGGAGGAUCUGCUGCAGUUCGGGUUCAUUCCGGAGAUGGUAGGUCGGCUUCCGGUGGUUGCGGCGUUGCAGCCCUUGGACCGCGAAGAUUUGAUCCGGGUGCUUAUCGAACCAAAGAACGCGAUAGUCAAGCAGUACCAACGUCUGUUCGAUUUGGACGACGUCAAGCUGGAAUUCACCGGCGAUGCGCUGGAAGCGGCUGCGGAGCGGGCGCUGACCUACCAGACCGGAGCGCGAAUCCUGCGACACAUUGUCGAGGACACGCUGAUGGAAGUGAUGUACGAGUUGCCGUCGCUGGGCGAUAUCGGCCGCUGCGUCGUUCACGGUGAGGCAAUCACAGGGGAGGCGUCGCCCAGGCUCUACCGGCGUGGCGGCGGCCGGCACUUAACGCUGAAAACCGCGCUGGCGCGGUCACGGCCGAACCAACAAAGGAAAUCGGCGUAG